AUGGAGGAAACCCCAAUGGGAGAGUCCAUCAAGACCUCCUGCGAAAGAUGUCGGCGUCGCAAGAUCAAAUGCGACCGCAAACGCCCUUGCUCGCGCUGCGCCAAGGCCGGCACAGAGUGCGUUUUGAGAGGCACGGGCGAGAAGCAAAGACCGGUAUCCAAGGGUUAUGUUCAAGCCCUCGAGGGUCAAAUCGCCUCACUGGAGCUCGUAAUACGAAAGCUGGCGUUGGCAGACAAUGAGGAGCGAGAUGCUAUAUUGUCCGAGCUACCCGUGUCGACAGCGCCGCCUGGCGACGAGUCCGCCAUUGAGAGCAAAUCGCCCACAUCGUCUACGCCGGAUCACAAGCUCGUGGCUGCCCGCCUAAGGGCUGGACAGAUGAGGCGACCGCGCGACAGCCAAGUGACACAAUUUUUCGGCGGCACGAGCUCAUUCCAGAUACACUUCUCCCAGGAUGUACCCCCGCCGGGCUUUGAUGGCCAGCCGGCCGCGACAACCUCUCACAGUGACACGAAUGCCUCUAGCUUGGUCAGUUCCGGGUCCGGAGCCGACGCGGAGGAAUUGAGCCCCGGCAGUGGAUGUUUCCGAUAUGCCCCUCACGACCAGACAUCUCAGACCUUGAUGGCGACGUUCUUCAAAGAGCAGUACCAGUACAACAUGGUAGUUUACAGGGAGUACUUCCUGCGAGACUAUGAUGUCGGGUCCGGGAGAUACUACUCGGAUGUUCUUUUGUAUUCCAUUUGCGCCCUUGCGGCGUUGCAGUAUGACGAGUCUCUUGGACUUUCCGACACGUUCUCCGGUCAAGCGCAGACGCUGCUCUAUUCCACUCUUGACAACCCGGACCUCACCAUACUGCAAGCUCUAGUCUUGCUCGGGUAUAGAGAGAUUGCCGUGGGUAAAACGUCCAAGGGCUGGCUGUUCUGUGGCAUGGCAUUUCGCCUGGCACACGAGAUGGGCCUCCACCUGGACCCGAGCAACUGGGACGGCUACACCGGCUGUCUGCGGGACAGAGAGAUCCUCCGGCGGGUGUACUGGGCUGUGUUUAUUGCCGACAAGCAGCUGAGCCUCUACUUCGGGCGACCGCCGGCGCUUCACCCGAGCGAGUCUGACGUGCGCAACACGAUCCGCAUGCAGUAUCCUGCCGACUGGCAGGGCCUCUUGGAGACAUAUAUAUGCAAAACAGCGACUGUCGCGAGCUGGGAGGAUGGCGUGGCGAUUGUCGGAUCACUGAUAUACCAGGCGGAACUCUCCAAGAUCAUCCACGUCAUGAUAACAGACCUGUUCGAGAAUCGGAGAGCAGGCGUCGAUCCGGCCAUCGCCGCGGCCAAAUCUCGCAAGAUACACGUCUCCCUGACCAAGUGGUUGUCGAGCUUACCCGGGACACUACACUGGAAUCAGUGGACAGUUGGACAAGUCCACUCGUCUGUUCUUCAUCUACACAUGCUCUUCCACACCGUCAUGAUCAUCCUCCACCGCCCGCCAUCGAACAUGUUUGAGAAGCCUGAGAUUGCCGAGAGCGAGGACGUCGAGAUCUGCUACGAAUCUCUCCAGGCCAUUCUGCGACUGAUGCGCACAUACUCGCGCUACUAUCGGUAUAGAAGUCUGCCGCUGGACUUUGUCCACACACUUUCGACAGCGGCCGGCACCGUGAUGAUGAAGCGCUUCUUGCAAGGGUCGUCGUGGGAUGACCCGGACAUUGACCGCUCCCUAUCGCUCAUCACGGAGGCCAUGGACGAGAUCCAAAACACCUGGCCCUGUGUCAAGGAGAUACGGGAAUGCGUCGCGCGGGCACGCAUGGUGCAGACCAUGGCGCCGCCCGAGGUCCCUCUCAACGCCCCGGACCUGAUGAACGGCCUUGACGUGGACGACACUACCAUGGCGGGCUUCAUGGCCAACUUUGGCGAUGAUCUCGGGACGCUGAUCACGGAUGAGUUCCUGAGUACGCAGCUGCAAACGACGGAGCCUGGCUUGGAGCCGUUCGACUUCAAUCAUCCACCCGGCAUGAUCGACUCAAGAUACUAG